GCCUCGCUCCACACCGACCAUCAACACUCACCAACAAUCACACCCGACACCAGCCCAGCCACCGCCUCCACCAACGCCAACCAAUCCCCUCUCCACCCCCAACAGCUACACCACCGACCGCGCCACACCAUAACCUCCACCACCACCGCCCAGCCAUGCCCCAACGGUCCACCACAAGCAGCACCCUCUUGUCUGAUAGACCCAGGGUGGGCCAGUAUCAACCGAGGGGUCCUGAUCUGUGACGAGUGCUGUUCGGUCCACCGCAGCCUCGGCCGCCAUAUUUCCAUAGUAAAGCACCUGAGGCACAGCGGAUGGCCUCCCACAUUACUGCAGAUGGUUCAGACUUUGGCCAGUAACGGGGCCAACUCUAUAUGGGAACACAGUCUCCUGGACCCUGCGCAGGUGCAGAGCGGUCGACGGAAACCAAAUCCACAGGACAAGGUCCACACCACGAAGUCUGAGUUCAUCAGAGCCAAAUACCAGAUGUUAGCUUUUGUGCACAAGCUACCUUGUCGGGACGAUGAUGGCGUCACUACGAAGGACCUCAGUAAGCAACUUCAUUCGAGUGUGCGGACCGGGAGUUUAGAGACGUGCCUUCGCCUCUUGUCCCUCGGCGCUCAGGCCAACUUCUUCCACCCGGAGAAAGGCACCACCCCGCUUCAUGUCGCGGCGAAGGCAGGGCAGAUCCUGCAGGCGGAGCUGCUGGUCGUAUACGGCGCAGAUCCCGGAGCGCCCGAUAUCAACAGGCGCACACCGAUGGACUAUGCUAGGCAGGCCGGCCACAUCGAGCUGGCAGAGCGGCUGGUAGAGUGUCAGUAUGAGCUAACGGACAGACUAGCCUUUUACCUGUGUGGCCGGCGACCAGAUCACAAAAAUGGCCACUAUAUCAUUCCUCAAAUGGCGGACAGAGCUCGUCCUAAGUGCCCGACACAGAGUCUUGACCUCUCUGAACUUGCCAAGGCUGCCAAGAAGAAGCUGCAAGCGCUGAACAACCGGUUGUUUGAAGAACUAGCUAUGGAUGUGUAUGAUGAGGUGGAUCGCAGGGAAAACGACGCAGUGUGGUUGACGACACAGAACCACAGCACUCUGGUAACGGAGCGGAGCGCCGUCCCGUUCCUGCCGGUCAAUCCUGAAUACUCUGCCACACGGAACCAGGGCCGUCAGAAGCUGGCCCGUUUCAACGCCCGGGAGUUUGCCACGCUCAUCAUUGACAUCCUGAGCGACGCCAAGCGGAGACAGCAGGGGAAAGGACUCAGCAGCCCUACUGACCCACUGGAUCUGGGGAUUGAUGAUGACGAGCACGACUACGACAACGUAGCCUCUGAUGAGGACACGGACAGCGAGCUGACCACGCAGAACAACAACAACACGAAGCGCAGUAACCGAGCAAAGAGUAUGGACUCGUCCGACCUGUCCGAUGGUCCCAUCACGCUGCAGGAGUAUCUGGAGGUAAAGAAGGCCCUGGCCUCAUCAGAAGCCAAAGUUCAGCAGCUGAUGAAAGUCAACAACAACCUGAGUGAGGAGGUCCGGCGGCUGCAGAAGGAGAUCACCCGGAUGCAGACGGAGAACAGUGCGUUACGGGGGGGCCAGCAGGCUGGGGGGGCAGCCGGCCAUGGGUUUGGGGGCCCCGGUGGAGGAGGGGGAGGUCACUGGGGGAGCGGUGUGGUUUCUGGCGGCGGUUUUAGUUCAGGAGCCGACUCCUCUGGGCUCUCUACGCCCGCUGCGGCCAACCCUCACCCCCACCUCUACCGGAGGGAACGCCAAGCCAUCUCAAUGUAUGAGCCGGGGGCGGCCCCUGGGCCCACAGCCCAUGGCCCCCCAGCCCUGGACUCCCUGGCAGCCCGCCUGCAGCCCCUCAACACACCCAGCGUGAGGAAGGGGGGUAUAAGUGGUCCGGCGCCGUAUGGAGUCCAACAUAUGUCGGGAUCUACAGAGAUGGGUAGAUACAUGGUGUCCAAACCAGAGAAGCACGGCAGUGGCACAGACAGCGACUAUGACAACACACACGAUCAUUUACAAAGUGUUGGCCGGAGCAGCGAAGAAGAGGGUCGGGGUGAGUCCGAGGAGGGAGGCGGGGAGGCCCGCGAGCCGGAUCCCACCCUGCCGUGCACGGAGGACGUCAUACUGAAGACGGAGCAGGUGACAAAGAACAUCCAGGAGCUGCUGAGGGCCGCCCAGGAGUUUAAACACGACAGCUUUGUUCCAUGUUCUGAGAAGAUCCACUCUGCUGUCACUGAGAUGGCGUCUCUCUUCCCCAAACGGCCGGCUCUGGACGCCGUCCACUGCUCCCUGCGCCUGCUGGCUUCCAGCGCCUCGCGGCUGCAGGUGGAGUGUCGCAAGGCGGCGCCCUUGGAGCCCGGGGCCCCGGCAGUGGACUAUCAGCUGCUUACCCAGCAGGUCAUCCAGUGCGCUUACGACAUCGCCAAGGCCGCCAAGCAACUCGUCACUAUAACGACACGUGAGAAGAAGCAGUGAGCGAACAAACGCACGGAUGGACGGGAGAGAGAGAGAGAGAGAGAGAGAGAGGGAGAUGACAGGCCGAUGCAUGGCGGGGGGGGCUUUCAGGGGAAAGGAGAAAGAGCGGCGAUCCGAUCAGACUACAGGUGGAGGAAGAAAAGGAAGGUCUGGAAGAUGAGCGAGAAGCAAAGAUUGUCCGAAGGCGCCGGCGUGGGAGCGAAAGUAGGAGGAUCUGAGACGGGAAUAAAAGUGAACCGCUGAAACUGUGAGGAGCAAACAUGAAACCUGAUGUUGGGAGAUGUACAGAGAAACCGGAUCCUGAAACGUUACUGCUUUAUUUAUUUUGUCCGACGUCCGUCCCUCUGUGCUUCGACCGAGGCGAGAUUGACGACACCACAGAGAGAGAGAGAGGUGGACGGAGCCGCCUCUUCCCCCUUUCUUCUUCUUCUUCUCCCCUCCGUCUCUCCUUUCACCGCCGCCCUGGGGCAGGUCACUUUGAGGAGGAGGGGCCCUCAGACUUUCCAGCUUCCGACCCGUGGCUGUCUUGUUGUUGGUACACAGCAUGAUCCGGCAUGUUUUCAUUUAUUUUCUUUCAAACCGCAGAUCAGAUCGGUUUGCAGCUCUAACGACCUCUUUUUUUUUUUUUUUUUUUACUGACUUAAACACUUACACUGGAAUAAUGAUGAUUUGUUAUCAUAUCGUUUUUCUAAUGACAAUUUAACUGACUGUCCUUUUUGAUUUAACUUUUAUUUGUAUGUUUAUUGUGUUGAUAUGAGAUCUGAUUCAGCAGGGAGACAGCUGGGAGCCUAGGCCCCGCCCUCUGACUGGGAGACUCGUCGGAGGGUCCCCAGCAUUUCUAAGCACUCUGUUCUUUCUGUUUUCUUCCUACCUUACGUCGUGGUUCAAGGGGUUUUCAAACAGUUGCCAAAGGAGAGAGCAGUUAGUUUUCUGCCCCUUCGCCACAUCCCAGACAGAACUGGAUCCUCUUGUCUUUUUUGUGUUUCAUUUCUCUUAAAAACAAGAAAAAAAAACAGAAAAAGGUUCUGCCUCUUUUCUACAGAGCCAGUGGAAUCAUCUCAGAAUCAUUUGCAGUGCCAAGCGGGAUAAUAUAAAAAAAAAGAAUACUUGGUCCAAUUUGUUUACAAGGAAGAGCCUGGCAGCCAUCAACCUGCGUGCAUGCUAGCAAACAAAACACUACGUCCUGAUUCCAAUUUCUGCAGAAAGCGCCACAUCUGGCGACCUGGAAAGUAGAAAACGUUCUGAUUUUAUGUCCUCUGUUUAUGAGGGAGUACUUGAUCCGCUUUGCCAUGUGUUGUUUUGUCUUUUUUUUAUUACUUUCAGGACCGUCUGGCAAGCACAAUCAGGCGCACGAGCUGUUCUCCAGCUCAGACGGUGAGCCGAUCUGGGCCGCAGAUGUCGUGUUUGUUCCUGAACUCUGCCAACAGGAGACAACAUUGGGAACAAUUGUAGUGUGUUUUUUUUUUGUGCACUUUUCCCCUUACUGAGGGGGUCCAGCUCGCCGUAGUGUGCCGAACAAAUUUGCUUGUUUCUCUAAGGAUGGAUGCUGAUGAGAUCCUUUCCACAACUCGCUUCUAGCUUGGCCGUCAGUAAGGUGAUCAAACAGCCGUGCAUCUAAACAUUUGUCUCAAACUGCUGCCUUUUAGCAGGACGGCGUAUUUAGCUGCACUGCGUUGUCCGGUGACUGAACACUCUUUUGGGGAAGGGGGGGAUUGCUGAAUCUCGUCCGGCUCGUUCAUCAUGUACGGUUGGAUGUCGAAUGCCUUUGCACAUCAUCUUCAUUAUCUCCUAUUUGACUGAAUGAGUUUAAAUUUUUUUUUUUUUUUACUUAACAGACAGAAAUGGGGAGGUUGUAUAAGAAAAGCAAGUUCCUUCAAUCAUCAGUGCCCAUGUUUUAGACUAGAGCCAUAUAUAAAUAUAUAUAAAUAUUAAAAAUAACAUAUAUUUUCAUGCUAUUUUCUAUUAAGCUCCAUGUUAGGGUUACGUUUGUGGGAUAUUUAUGUUUAUUUGUCGGCCUAAAGGCUUCAGGCUGCCACGUCUUCUCUCGGCGUGAAUUGAUCUCGAUGUUUGAGGCGUUUGGUUACGCCGCGGUUUCGCUCGCUCUAUAUGUUUAGGAUCCACAGACAGAGGGAGGAACCGCAGAUUGAUCUCGGUGUGAGUUGCACUAUUUUCAAACAGCAGCUGGUUGAAGUCGGAUUGAUGUCCUGCGCUCUCCCAAAGGUCUUAGCAUGCAUCAGGUGCAGGAUCCGUUUGGUAGGAAAGGCGCUUUGGCCAAACGCUACAGUCAUCUCACCGUGCGGCGGGGAACGGGUCUGAAAUGCACGCGGCCCGGUCCUCCUAACACUGGGUAGACACUACUUAGGGUGCCUCUAGUUUGAAUGUUAAAUGCUUCCAUUUCGCUUAAACUUUUUACACUGUUUUUGUCCAGAGAGUGGGGAUGUCAGUUGGACCAAUCCGCGCACAGAGUCGUUCGGUUUGCAGGUUUUUGUUCUUAACCACAGCGGCGCGCUGCGGCCUGGCCCGUUUUCUCUCUCGGCUUUUCUUUAACCUGCACCACGCUUUCUUUCAGAGAUGGGAGAGAUUAGUUUGAACGGAGGGCGAUGACUGUAUAAAGAAAAACGGUGACUUAUGGAGAAAAAAAACAAAGGUCAAUCAUAAUGGAAACUCAUAAGCUGUACAUUUGUAAUAAAAUAAACAAUUUAAUUGCCCUUCCUAA